GAAGAAGAAGAAGAAGAAGAAGCAGCGCGUCAUGAGAAGCUGUAGUACCUGACACGGUCACCAUGGUCUGGGUUAAGCCCGGCUCUGUCACACUUUGACUACUUUGUGGUCCACAUGUUAAGACCGAUCCUCCAGAGGUUCCGGCCGCUCAGCGGACCGCCGGGCCUCCCCUUUGUCCGCUCAGUUCGCUACUUCAGCGUCUUCCCUCCGGAGCUGCCCGCCGCCAAAGUCCGCAGCAUCUUCCUGGAUUUCUUCCAGCAGAAACACGGACACCUGCUGGUGCAGUCCUCCCCGGUCCGUCCCAGAGGAGACCCCAGCCUGCUCUUCGUCAACGCCGGCAUGAACCAGUUCAAGCCGAUCCUCCUCGGCACGGCGGACCCUCGCAGUCCGAUGGCCUCGUACUGCAGAGUGGUCAACAGUCAGAAAUGUGUACGAGCCGGGGGCAAACACAACGACCUGGAGGACGUGGGCCGGGACUUGUACCACCACACCUUCUUCGAGAUGCUGGGCAACUGGUCAUUUGGAGAUUACUUCAAGGAGGAGGCAUGUCGCAUGGCGUGGAGCCUACUCACAGAGCAUUAUGGGAUACCUGCAGACAGACUGUACGUGUCGUAUUUUACUGGAGACGCUGCAUCAGGCUUACCAGCUGACAGGGAGACUCGGCAGAUCUGGUUGGACAUCGGGGUCCCUCCUGGUCGCCUCCUUCCGUUUGGCCUCAAAGAGAACUUCUGGGAGAUGGGGGACUCAGGCCCUUGCGGCCCCUGCACCGAGAUUCACUACGACCACGUGGGGGGACGAGAUGCGGCAGCACUCGUCAACGCGGACUGUCCAGAUGUGGUGGAGAUCUGGAACUUGGUCUUCAUGCAGUACAACAGAGAGGUGGAUCACAGUCUGCGACUGCUGCCCCAGUUCAGUGUGGAUACUGGGAUGGGACUGGAAAGACUGGUGAGCGUUCUGCAGGGGAAAAGAUCAAACUAUGACACCGACCUGUUCACACCGCUGCUGCACACCAUCCACCAGAGGUCAAGGGUGGGCCCAUACAACGGUAGGACAGGUGCAGCGGACGAGGGGAAGGUGGACACGGCAUACCGAGUAGUGGCUGACCACAUCCGGACCUUAUCGGUCUGCAUCGCUGACGGGGUCCAUCCAGGCAUGUCAGGAGCCGAGUUGGUGUUGAGGAGGAUUUUGCGGCGUGCAGUGCGGUUCUGUGUUGAGGUCCUUCAGGCUCCUCAGGGAGCGCUGGCCAGCCUGGUUCCUACUGUCAUCCACAUCCUGGGUGACGUGUACCCAGAGCUCCGCAGGGAGGCAGACAGGAUCAUGGACGUCAUUAAUGAGAACGAGGCCCACUUCCUGUCAUCUCUGCAGCAGGGCAAUAGGCUGAUCCACCGCACGCUCAAAGCAAUGGACUACAAACAUGGACUCUUCCCCGCCUCAGUUGCCUGGUCGCUGCACAGGGACCUGGGUUUUCCUUUGGACCUGGUGGAUCUGAUGUUGGAGGAGAGAGGAGUCCAAGUGGACCGGCAGGAGCUGGACCGACUGAUGGCAGAGAGCCACAAGGUGGCGUCUGAUCUGCAGUCAGAUGCUCAGUCUCAGGUGAUGCCGGACGUUCUCAGCCUGACGGAGCUGCAGCGUCUCGGGGUCCCUCACACAGAUGACAGCCUCAAAUACCAGUACAGACUGGAAGGGGACCGAUAUGUGUUUCCAGCAUGCCAUGCCACAGUCCUGGCUCUGUAUGAUGGCCACAGUCUGGUCUCAGAGGUCACCGAGGGUCAGCGCUGUGGGGUCAUCCUGGACCAGACAUGCUUCUACUCUGAGCAGGGGGGCCAGUCACAUGACCAGGGGUAUUUUACCCGGGACAGCCUGCAGGACGUGCUGUACCCCGUGGAAGCGGUGGUCCUGGCGGGGGGCUAUGUGGUUCAUCAGGUGACUGUGGCCGACCGCCUGAAGAUCGGAGACCAGGUUCAACUACACCUGGAUGAGGGCCACAGGUUGUCCUGUAUGGUCAAACACACGGCGACUCACAUCCUGAACUUUGCUCUCAGGAAACUUCUGGGUCCUUCAGUUCAGCAGAGAGGGUCUCAUGUGUCAGCUGAUCACCUCCGCUUCGACUUCACUGUCAAGGGCUCUCUGACCACCUCACAGCUGCAGCAUGUGGACAGGUGUGUUAAUGACAUCAUUUCAGCCAAUCAGAUUGUCCACACCCAGGAGCUUCCUCUGCAGAAAACCAGGAGCAUCAGUGGACUGAGGACAGUGGACGAGGUGUAUCCUGACCCUGUUCGGGUGGUCUCUGUGGCGGUCCCGGUCUCUGAGCUGUUGGACGGUCAGACAGACAGACAGACGUCUGUGGAGCUCUGCUGUGGAACGCACCUGCUGCAGACUGGAACCAUUGAGGACCUGGUGAUCAUCUCGGAGAAACAGCUGGCAAAAGGAAUCAGUCGGGUCAUUGCUGUGACGGGACAGGAAGCCGCACGGGCUCGGGAGGCAGGCCAAGUUUUGUCCCAGGAUGUGGACUCUCUGGCAGCCAGACUGUCAGGCUCCACCCCCUCCAGCAUCAACUCCGCCCAGCGUCUUGCCAAGGAGGUCGGAGUCCUCUCUGAUGCUGUGGACAACACCCCCAUGCCACAGUGGCAGCGCCGAGAGCUGCAGAGUCGCCUGAAAGCCCUGCAGAGGAGCAGUAACACCACUGUCAGGAGACUGGAGACCCGAGAGGCUGCAGUGAGAGCUCAGGCCGUGCUGGAGAGGAACGGUGGGAAGGACGUGCUGGUGGACUCGGUGGAGACGGACUCUCUGUCGGUUGUGAUGAAGACCGUGAACCAGCUGAGCGCCACCUUUCCUCACAGUCAUGUAAUGCUGCUUGCUCACCAGAGGAAUUCUGGGAAGGUUCUGUGUGCCUGUCAGGUUCCCAAGGACUCUGAGUCCCUCCUGGCCUCUGACUGGGCGGUGGCGGUGUGUCGUCACCUCGGGGGCAGCGCCGGGGGCUCAGCACUGGUUGCCAAAGGAACAGGAAGCAGCGGUGACAUUGCUGAAGCAUUGAGAUGGGCGGGGGAAUUUGCCCGCCAGAAAACACAGUGAUGUCAUAGUCAGAAGGGACAGGUGACUGUAAGCCACACCCACAGCUGCAGCCAGGCUCCUUUCAUUGGACAGUAGGCUCAGAUGUGAGGGCUUAUUAUUUAAAAUUGAUGUUUUAUAAAUCUGGAUCAAAUAUCUUUGUUUUAAGAGAAAUAAAAACCGACUCUUACACAU